AUGUCGCUCUUCAGAACAACCACCGGGGCUGGUAUUGGGCUCGCUUCGUCCAGCUCUAUACUAGGUGGAUUUACUCAAAUCCGUACGGCCACGAAAAGAGUGAGUGGUUCGAAAACCAACAAAAACGACUCCGCGGGUCGUAGAUUGGGUCCCAAGAAGUUUGAGAAUAAUUUCGUCAAUCCCGGCGAAAUCAUCAUGAGACAAAGAGGUUCCAAAAUCCAUCCUGGUGAAAAUGUUGCCAUCGGCCGUGAUCACACGAUAUUCGCCAUGGAGCCUGGCUACGUCAAGUUCUACUUGGACCCAUUCCACCCAUUGAGAAAAUUUGUGGGUGUUGCAUUAAAGAAGGAAUAUACAUUACCUGUGGAUCACUUUGCUCCACGUGUGAGAAGAUUUGGCUACGAGCAGAUUCUAGACGAAGCUGAUGCCAAGAAGGAGGAGGAGCAUAUGAGCAGAAAGGAAUAUCUUGCCCAGGAUGAGUUGAAGCAGAUGAAGGUGAAGAGAGAAAAUGCUGAAAAGCUGUGGAAAAGAAAUGCUCUCAGUCAAUUGAAAGAGCAGUUCCCAGCUAUCACUGAACCUGAAUUGGCCACUGAAAGACUUUAUCAAGUUGCCGCCCUCAUGAAGACAGGACAAACUUUGGAACAAGCUAGAGACCAAGUGACUUUCAACUACUAUUUCGAGCAGCAGUUGGCUGUGAGACGUGGUGAACUUCUGCAGGAGGAGCUCAACACCAAGUUUGACCAAUACAAGAAGUUCUCUUCCGAAUUGGAUCUUGCUUUGGCAUUGGACCACAAAACCAGACUUCACACGCCAUUCUCAGCCGAAGAGCAUCAACAGAAGAAGGAUGAGAUUCUCUCAAAACUUGAUAGUGAGUUUACUGGCAUUAUUCUCAGGGAUGCGCAGAAAAAGGCCAUAGUCGAGCUUUUGAGCACUCCUGGUGUUUUCUCAAGCGAGGAGAUCUUUGUGCUCAAGCAGAAGUAUAUCCCUGCGGUGUUGCCUGAGUCUGUGCCUGGCACCGUGCUUGACAUCCCCAGGGGUAAGAAGUUGCCAGAUAAUGCGGUGGUAGUGAAGACGUUUGACCCUAAGACAAGGUCAUUGAGAAGAGUUGUGAGAACGAAGGAAGCGUUUCCAUAA